CAGUUCACGAUUUAUUAACGGUUUUACCAUUCUGACUAUUGUCUCUCAGACAAUGACCUGUCAGUUGUGCUCCUCUUGCAUUAUUUUUGACAUCUACGGUCAAACUCUUUCCGGUAUUAGAUCAAAAAUAUUUUACUCGGAAACUUUGAAAUAUAUCUGAUAUUUUAUUAAUAUAUUAAAAGUUUUCAAUAUUAUUAUUUUAGCAUCAUAAAUGAUAGUAAAUAGUAACUGACUAUUUCAAUGAAUAAAUAUAACACUAGUUGAUAAACAAUACUGAUGAUGUAUAUAGUUAAAAUAAUCAAUAUUGUUUCUCUUAUGAAUUUUUCAAAAAAGUUAAUUAUUUGGUCAACUAAUCAUAUUAAACUGAAUCACCCACCAAACUACAAGUUUGACUAUUAUAUUUCGAAUUAAGGAAAAAAAAAGAGAAACACGAGAACGGCGCGGGUAAAACGGGAGGGUGAUUAUGUAAAUGUAAUUGCAUUACCACAACGAGACAAAACAAUCCGAAGUGUUCCCUGGCAUUAGUCAUAAAGCUCUCUCGCCUUCCCUUUUGUACAGCUGUAGUGGCAAAUUCCGUAAUUUAAUCGUAACAGUAUGGGCGAACUCUGUCAGCAUUUAAUUUAAUUCCAACUUCUCAAUUUCCACCAAUUUUUUUUUUCCUCCUUCAUUUUGAAAAUAAAUAAACUUUGGAAACAAAAAUUCUCAGAGAGAAAACUCAGAGAGAGAGAGAAGGAGAAGAGGACGAAGACAGGUAGGAGGAGAGACAGAGAGGGAGAGAGGGACGACCGUUUUUGUCAACAGAGAGACAAAAGAAGGAGAGACGGAGACAACAAUGGCGGAGGAGAAUAGGGAGAAGCAGAAUGAAGAAGAGAGCGUUAAGGUUUUCGUCGGACAAAUACCGAGACAUAUGUCGGAAUCUCAGCUCCUUGCAUUGUUUCAAGAGUUCGCUGUCGUAGACGAGGUCAACAUCAUCAAGGACAAGAUCACACGCGCCUCUCGAGGAUGCUGUUUUGUGCAAUGUCCGUCGCGAGAGGAAGCAGAUAAGCUGGUCAAUUCUUGCCAUAACAAGAAGACAUUACCUGGUGCAGCUAGUCUAUUGCAAGUAAAGUAUGCAGAUGGCGAGCUGGAAAGGCUAGAGCACAAGCUUUUUGUUGGUAUGCUUCCAAAGAACGUCUCUGAAGCUGAACUUCUAUCGUUAUUCUCCAAGUACGGAGCCGUAAAGGAUCUACAGAUUCUUAGAGGCGCUCAACAAACAAGCAAAGGCUGUGCUUUUCUUAAGUAUGAGACAAAAGAACAAGCUGUUUCCGCCAUGGAUGCCAUCAAUGGAAAACACAAAAUGGAGGGUUCAACCGUUCCUUUAGUUGUGAAAUGGGCAGACACAGAAAGAGAGAGACACACAAGAAGACUCCAAAAGGCUCAAUCCGACAUGGCUAGAUUAUCCAACGCUGAUCCAACAAACCCUUCAUUGUUUGGAGCAUUACCAAUGAGCUAUACUCCACCAUAUAACGGUUAUGGUUAUCAUCAAGCUCCUGGAACUUAUGGUUACAUGCUACCACCAAUUCAGAACCAAGGUAAUCACAACGCGUUGCAAAGAGCCUCACCUGACUCUUUACCACCUCGCUUGGCCCGGAGAAACUUUCCUUACAUGAGCUCUGGUUAUCCCCCUGUACGAGGUCUUCCUUAUCCAAUGUCUUAUCCUAGAGGGCUCAUGAGUCCUCGCCUUCUAAGUAACUCUCCUGGUUCCAUAUCACCUGGCGUUGCACACAGCAGCGGGUCAGCAACACCUUUGAGUUCCAUUGUUCAAACCGAAGGUCCGGAAGGUGCGAAUCUGUUUAUCUAUAACAUACCUCGUGAGUUCGGGGAUCAAGAACUCUCCGCUGCGUUUCAGCCUUUCGGUAUUGUUCUGAGUGCUAAGGUUUUUGUAGACAAAGCCACUGGUGCAAGCAAGUGUUUUGGUUUUGUUAGUUAUGACUCACAAGCAGCAGCUCAGAAAGCUAUUAACAUGAUGAAUGGUUGCCAUUUAGGUGGUAAGAAACUGAAAGUCCAGCUUAAGAGAGACAACAACAACAACAACAAUGGCCAACAUAAUAGUUAAAAACUCUAAGCCAUCCUCUCUGCAAAUAACAAUUUGUAAUUUAUGUGCAUUAUUGAAAUUUAUGUAAACAUUUUAUGAUUUAUUAACAUUAAAAUUCAUUGAA